AUGAAAAAGACACCCUCAACAACAGCCUCAAAACAAUGGACCUUACCAGGGUCUUCUGCGACUCUCAACAACAGCUUGGUCGGAAGUACUCUACCUACUGGUUUAAAUCAUCAAAAUUCCUCAAGAAAAGACAAUAUGGAAGGAAAUUCUUCAAAAAGAAAUUUCAGCAUUAACGAUCUUCCAUCUUCUACAAGCCUUAAUCAAACAAAUACUGAUGAUCUUGCGUUAGGUGUGUUGGGUACAUUUUCAUCCAAUAGAGGUUUUGAUCCUCAGAAUUUCAACUCCAUGAUUGCAACUCCUCUCAAACCCUCCCCGAAUACAUCCAUGAUGGAUUUGAAUAUUUUAUCAACGAACAACAACUCAUCCAAGAUUGAUCUUUCUGAAGAACUAGCUUCUCAGAUUGAAUAUAACAAUGCACUUCUCAAAGAACUUCAAUCUAUGGAGAGAAGAGUACAGGAUUUAAACAGGGAUUUAAGCCAAAAGGAUCACGAUCUUCGUCAAGUUACUCAAGAAAGGUUCAACAUUCAAAAACUUUUGGAGAAGGCUCAAGCCGAUCUUUAUAACACAAAGUUACAUGCAGAGCGAUUGGAGCAUGAAAAUGUAAUGAUAUUAGACCAGAUAGAAAAGACAAAGAAAUCUCAACAAAAUGUUGCAACAGAAAACAAAGAGCUUAUGGAUAAACUUGAAAUAAGCUCUCAACAGCUUGCCGAUAGGAACGAGGAAUUAAAAAGCUAUCAAAAUGAAAAUAGAGAAUUGAGAGAGAGGCUCAACAAAAUGGAAUUGGACGUAUCUGAAUUACAGUACAAGUUCGAUGAGACAUUGCAUUUGCUCAACGAAGAAAAACAUCAAAAUUUAGAGGUGCAAAAGCAGCACGAACAAGAGAAAAAUGAUUUGUUUACUGAGAUUAAUAGACUGACUGAGGACAUAGAAAAACUCAAAUAUGAGUUAAACAUGAGUGAUAAAGAAAGAGAUCAGAUUUUAAGUAACAAGGAAGAAAUUGAAAAGAGAGUUUAUGAUUUAGAGGCUUUUAUAGAAUCCAGUACAAUGCAAUGGAGCGACAAGAUCAAACAGUCCAACGAAGAAUAUGAGCAUUUGAUGAAAGAGUACAAAAGAUUAGAAAAUGAUCAUUCUUCUUUGAAAACUACUCAUUACCAAUAUUUGGGAGAUGUAAGAAAUGAGCUGAGAGAAAUAUGCAGUUCUGUUUUAAUGGCGAAGGAUCAAAAUUCAAAGAUAAUACAAGAAGUUGUAGAAACACAAACAUUCUGCAAAACACUUCUGACAACUGAAAAUUCCACUACAGAAGCUCUAAUUAAUGAGAUUAAAUCACUUUUGGAGAUGAAAAGUAGAUGUAUUUCUGAGCUUCAAAACGCUGCAGAUUAUUCUCGGGGUGUUGAACUGCAACUUGAAGAAGAAAAGUCAAAGUCUAUCAUGUUCGAAGAAAGAACAUCAAAAUAUGAGCAACAGCUGCAAGAGAUGCAGCAGAAAUUGAAGCAGACGGAACGAGAUAUGACCUUAAAACAUGCGCAACAAAUAGAAAGAACCAAUUUGGAGGUAGAGUCAGUAAAGAACAAUAUGAGAAGACUUGAAGAAGAAAAUUCCAAUUUGCGAAAAUCUCAACAAUCUCUACAAAAGAUAAAGUCAGACAUGGAAGAAAACGAAAGAAAGACAUUGAAAGAAAACAGAGUUCUGACCGAGUCUAUCCGUAAAUUACAGCGUCAACUUGAAGAGACAAAGAGAUACCUUAGUAUUGUUCAAGCAGAUAGAAAUAAUGUUUACAACGAAAAAGAAGAUCUCAGGAGAGAGCUUCAUGAUUUAUUGAACUCACAAAGAAAUUCUUCCAAUGUGAGAGAACCCUUCAAGUCGUCAGUCGACAUGAUUUUACAGCCUGUUCCAUCCUUAUCAAACACCUUACCCAAUACCAGCUCAUCCAAUACUACUCUAUUAACCCAAACAAAUAUUUCCUCUUCUCUUCAAGAUCAGGCCUUUUUUAAAGUUAUUCCUGAUGACAGGUUUUCAAGGCAACCACUCAAACCAGAUGAUGCAGCACUUUAUGAAGAGACAGGACAUUUCAGCACUCGAGAACUUGCUUCCCAACAAGAUCACACGAUUGUACCUCCCGAAGACCGUAUCUCCUCGCAUCUGCAGUCAGGACUUUAUCAAGAUUUGGCUUUUGAUCCACAACGGAACAUGGACUUUGGCAACACUUCAUCAUCCCAAAACAUGUUACAUAAUAAUUUUUCAAGCAAUUAUUCUUUGGUUCCAUCUACCACUCCAAUGAGGUCCCUUAGAAUGUCAAAUCGUUAUCUUGAUUCCACCUCAAAUGAAGAACAAUGA